GAAAAAAUAAAUAAAUAAAAAAAAAUAAAUCAGUGUUUCAGGAAGUGAAGUGGCUUCAAAAAUCCAAGGAACAAACAAGAGGGUGUUGGAAGAAACAGAUAAUUGUUGAGACAAAGAGUGAAUAAAGCAAUCACCGAAGCCUGGGGAGUGACACGCACUGCUGUGUUUUGCAACAAAAUAAACUUGAAGUGAUGUCUCAUUUCCCGCAGGCAACACGGGGUGGUAUAUAAGGGCUCCGGGAUCAGAAGUCCUCAGACCACAGCACUUCUCUUCUCCUCCUCAUUGAGACAAGUAAGUUUGAUCCCUUAACUUCCUUUUACUUCUUUAAGGUUAAGGUUUGUGCUACCUCAGUCCAUAGCUUUGCGUGAAAGCUGUGCAGAACCUGAGAGGGAGGUGGAGGAGCUGCGUGGGGGUUGAGCAGAGUGGACCCUAUGGAAGAUUGCGGGUGUCAGGAAGGCUCAGCUCCCCUACUGUGUUGCAGGUUCACCUCCGCACCCUAAAGAUGUCCUACUGGAGCCAGCAGCUCAGCUCCCGUUGCCUGCCGCCCUGCGAGGUGACCUGCCCGCAGCCCUAUGCCGAUGCCUGCAGCCAGCCCUGUGUCACCUCCUGUGGUGAUUCAAGAGCUGUCGUCUACCCUCCACCUGUGGUCAUCACCUUCCCAGGCCCCAUCCUCAGCUCCUGCCCUCAGGAGAGCAUUGUGGGCAGCUCGGCCCCACUGGGGCUGGGGCUGGACCAGCCCAGGGGCCUGCAAGGCUCCAGUAUCUAUGGGGGCUCCUUCUCCUCCUUCCAGCAGGGCAGGAGCCAGCGCUACAGGGACUGCAGGCCCUGCUGAGCACUGCUAAAGGUGUGCAGGGCCAGGGAAAUGGCAAGGAAGUGACAGCAGGAGCUGAAAGUGUGGCAGAGCUGAGGGUCACCCCAAAGCCCUGCUCGCCCACAGCUGCCAGCUGUUCCCUUGGGCCCUGCAGGAACCACCAGUCUAUGGAACCGCUCUCCUGUCUGCCUUCUUCUUAUGAUCUUUUUGGCUUUAAAGUCAUAUUACUCAAAACGCAACGUUUCUGUUCUUAGAAAUUCAAGUCUUCAUUAUUCAAAGUGUUC